AUGAGCCAGGUCGAUGAGGCACAAUCAAGGGCUAAAAACUGGUUUGUAGCACCUGAAACUCAAACUCAAUCAGUUUGCAGUAUCCUGAGCGACAUGUACUCGCUAGGCAUGGUAAUUUGUGCAAUUUUUAACCACGGAAAGCCACUUAUCCAAGCUGGCAACUCAAGCUCGGCUUACCUAAAACAACUGGAAUUGUUGGAGGAUCAAGUACACAAUACAAUGCCAAGAAUACCAUUACCUUUACAAGAAGCAACUGUCAGACUUCUCAGCAAAGAUACAAGACAACGACCUACUGCACAACUACUAACAUUAAUAAAAUAUUUUAGCGAUUCAGCAGUUCACGCUUUGCAGUUUCUUGACGUAAUAAAAAUGAAGGAUCCCACACAAAAAAAUCAUUUUUACAGGAAUACACUAAAAGAAGCUCUUCCAUGUAUUCCAAAGAAACUGUGGUAUCAGCACGUAUGGCCUUCGUUGCAGCAGGAAAUGCGAACGCAGGAGGUGCUGGCCGCCGUCCUGCAGCCAGUCUUAUACUUAAUUCAGGAGUCGACAAUCGAGGAGUAUGAGUCCAUUAUCCUUCCGUCCUUUAGAGGUGUAUUUCAAGCGCCCAAAACAGUUCAAGCGACGGUUACGCUUUUAGAAAAUUUGCAUAUUAUAUUAGAAAAAACCCCAAGAGAUGAUAUAAGGACUGAAGUUUUACCAAUGAUGUACAACGCAUUCGAAAGCACAACUAUACAAGUACAGAGUGCAGCCUUAGUGGCUGUAACAAACGUAUGUGAAUACCUGGACGAAACCUCUAUAAGAAGAAUGAUAUUGCCGAAGACGAAGGUGAUAUACGAAAAGAAUCAAAAUGAUAUGAGAAUCGUGUCGAACGUGUUAUCCUGCGUGGAAAGAACUCUGGAUAGGCUGGACAAGAUUCAAAUUAUAGACGAGGUGCUACCCUUACUUUACGAUAUUAAACUCGCUGAGCCGCAAAUUAUACUAAGAGUCGUCAAUAUAUAUAGAUUAAUGCUAAGUGACAAACGAUACGGUCUAUCUGUAAAUUUAAUGGCUACCAAAGUAAUGCCGUCGCUUCUUCCGCAAACCGUAAACCCAUCUCUAAACCUUGAGCAAUUUACAAUACUACUGGAGGUGCUUCAGGAGAUGCUGGACCAAAUUGAUCGUAACCAAAGGAACAAACUUAAACUCGACAAUCUAUCUCUUCCAAGUCCUGAACGACAUAGACCACUUCGUCAUCAAUACAGCUCUGACAAUAUGCACGUGCCACCGUUUAACAUUCCAAACUUGAGGAUAGAGCAAAGAAAAACAUCGAGUGCUGAAGACAUGGCUCGAAAAAAUUCCACCGGUGGCAUGCUGGGCGGCUGGUGGUUCGGCGGAUCACCGUCUUCUCCCGACAGCAACUUCCUGCGCGUAGUGAACGCCUUUCCCAACCGCCGUCUAUCCGACAACACGCUGAUGACGCCCAAGAUCAGGAUCGCGCCGUCGUGCGCCAGUUCGCCGGGCGGCACCCCGGGAGGGGGCCUGCCCAUACGUCGGCACUCCAGCAUCGGUCCCCAGGAACGUAGGGGAUCCACCGUUAAUUUGUCGCCGCCAACGGGAGGAUCGAUGCCCAAUACAAGCAGUAGCGUGCCCUUCCUGCUGAGCAGCAGCAUGCAGAGCAUCAGGUCUCGCAGGCCGUCUGCAGUCUUGGGCGGCUCGCAGGGCUCCGGGCUGCUGCAGCAACUCGGCUCCGGCAUGGUAAGACUCACCUCUUCACAUCAACCGGUCAACGGCAGGACGUUCUCUAGUAGCUCAGUUAGGAAAUGUCCUUCCCUGAAUAUAACAUUUAGCUGA